GGGAGGACGACAGACAUUGAAAAAACGCGAUCCAGUUGCGCAAGACGUCCAAUUGGUGCAUCAGAGGCAGUUUGAAUUCCAUUCAGUCGACUGAACUCCUCCAUACCUUUAAUAGUCUUUCAAUCGUCGAUCGGAUACUCUCUUUUCAUCUUUUUUCUCUGGUUUUUUAAACUUUCUCGAUUCAAAUUAUCCCAUACAGCAGCCAUGGCCUCCGACAGACCUGACAAGAAGGAGAAGAAGGAGAAGAAGGAGAAGAAGGAGAAGCGCAGCGAAGAGGCUGGCGUGACCAAAUCCAAGAAGGAGAAGAAGGAAAAGAAGGAGAAGAAGGACAAGCUCGCUUCUGCUCUGGACGAGAAGCUCCAGCAAGAUGUCGCUGCGCAGAGCGCCGUCAAGGCCUCUGACGAGGGCUCAGAUAUGGAGGAGGACAAGACCCCUGAGGUGACCCUUGAGAGAAAGGUUGUGCCGUUUGCGGUUCCUCUGGCCGAUGAGAAGGGCCAGAAGAAGAUUUGCAAGACGAUCCGAAAAGCCGCCAAGAAUGGUACCCUCAAGCGUGGUGUCAAGGAAGUCGUCAAGACCCUGCGAAAGUCCCCCGCCACCGCCCCCGGCUACACCUCAUUCCCCGGAGUCGUCAUCAUUGCCGGUGACAUUUCUCCCAUGGACGUCAUCUCACACCUGCCCGUGCUGUGCGAGGACCACAACGUGCCCUUCAUCUUCGUCACAUCGCGCGCUGAGCUGGGUGCCGCCGCCAAGACCAAGCGACCCACCAGCGUGGUCAUGAUCAUGGAGAAGGCCGAGGGGAAGAAGAAGCCCGCCAAGGAGGCCGACAAGGAUGAUGAUGAGGACAGCAGCGAGUCUUACAGCGAGACCUACGCUUCGCUUGUCAAGCUUGUGCAAAAGGAGGGCGGCAAGCAGGCGUUCUGGACAAAGGGUGAAUCAAAGGCGUAAAAAAAGAAACAAUGGUAGAGUGAGGGUGCGGUAUUUGUGAAGAGACUUAUGCUGGGAGAAUGAUGUUGGUGCGAAGCACUUAAUCUGGGUGUACAUUAACCAUACCAGAGGGAUUGUCUUGCAGCAAGACUUUUGUUGGGGCAACGGCGGCGUUCAGGUAUAUAAAGUACUGCAUUGAUCAAUGGAACAAGUUU